CGGAAACAUGGUCUUGCCACCAAACUGCAGGCGGGAUGGAAGGGCUACAGCCAGAAGUCCAAAUACCAAAACUCAGAGGUUCAGCCAUCGCAAUCCAAGCGUGGUGGAGGGGCAUCCUGGCCAGGAGGAGAGCAAAGAGCAGACGGCAGGCUGCUGAUACUAUUCGCAGGUUUAUCAAAGGUUUCAUCAAUCGCCACAAAGAACGCUGCCCAGAGAACGAAUACUUCCUGGAUUAUGUUCGUUACUCGUUCCUGACAAAUCUACGGAAGAAUCUGCCCAAGAACGUUCUGGACAAGAACUGGCCGACACCUCCAGCGGCUCUCACUGAGGCCUCAGAACUUUUACGGAAGAUGUGCAUGCAGAACAUGGUGUGGAGCUACUGCAAGAAGACAAGUCCAGAGUGGAAACAUCAGAUGGAGCAGAAGAUGAUUGCCAGCGAGAUCUUCAAAGAUAAGAAGGACAACUACCCCCAGAGCGUGUCCAAGCUGUUUCUCAACACGAGGCUCACUGGAGAGAACAUCAGUCCCAAGGUGCUGCAGGCUCUGGGCAAUGAGAAGAUGAAGUAUGCAGUGACGGUGACAAAGUACGAUCGGAAGGGCUACAAGGCUCGGACCCGCCAGCUGCUGCUCACCGCCAACUCUGCCAUCAUUGUGGAGGAGGGCAAACUGAAGCAGCGCAUCGACUAUGGAGCCCUCAAAGGCAUCUCGGUCAGCUCUCUCAGCGACGGCCUUUUUGUUCUGCACGUGCCCAGUGACGACAACAAACAAAAGGGUGACGUGAUUUUGCAAAGCGAGCACGUGAUUGAGAUCUUGACCAAGAUCGCCAUCUCUGCCGACAAAAUCAACAACAUCAACAUCAGCCAGGGCAGGUGAGUUUGGUUCUGUUCA